ACAACAUGGUUGCAAAUGUCGAGGCCUGGUGAACUUUGCUCAGUUAAAAUAGUUGUUUAUCAGCAAAGUGACCCAUAUUCGGCCAAAACAAGACAACAAAAUAUAUGGUUCAUAAUGGUUGCCCAUUUUGUAACCGUAUUGUUAACUGGUUUUAUCAUUUAUACAGCAUGGGCUCCUGGUGCAAGUUUAUUUUCCUGGCAUCCAACGUUUAUGGCUAUAGCAUUUAUGAUGUUAAUGUUUGAAGGAAUAUUGAUGUUUUCGCCCCAGAGUUCACUGGUUGUAAAUUGGUCUCGUUCAUCUAAAGUAACUGCUCAUUGGAUAUGCCAAACAACGGGUGUAGUUUGUGCUUUACUCGGAUUGGCUGCUAUUUUGUAUAACAAACACUUGAAGGACAAACCACAUUUCACAACUUGGCAUGGUCUAUUAGGAAUUAUUACAGUAGCUUUUGCCUGUUUUGAACUCUUAGGAGGACUGUGUGUUAAAUAUAGCCAAACUUUGUUGAAAGGCAUUAAGAUCCGAUUGGCCGAUUUAAAAAUGUACCAUGCUACAGCUGGAUUAGUGCUCUUUAUUUUAGCUUGUGUUACAACCAUAUUAGGCAUGUUUUCUAACUUCUACACAAGAAAUGUUCAAGGAACAUCGUAUUAUAUGUCGAUUGCUUGCGUAGCCUUGAUUUCUCUUAUAAUUACAAAUCAAGUCACGCAGUCUUUUCUCCCAAAAGUCAACAAACGAUAAUAAUAGUCAGAGAUCAUUAAUGUAUUCUCUUUGCAUAAUUCUUAAGGUUUAAUGUGGAACAAUUUUACACUUUAAUUUUAAGUUCAAUGAUUCUUCUUUUUUUUAGUAUGUUUAUUUAAUUUUUGUUAUUAUUAUCAGUAUACAUAAUACUUUAUUGUUGUUACUUGUUGAUUGCUAUAUACUUAAUUAAUGUGUUUACAUUGGCCAAAAGGUACUGUAAUGUACUAAUUGUUUCUGUUAAAGCCUCAACAUAGUGCUAGAAGACCAAUAGUCAUUUGCCUUAUUUUAACAAAACUAUGAUUUGAAAAGUAAAUCAGACAAGUAAAACAAACUACCUUGAUGAAUUUAUUAUCCUUUGGAUGGUGGCGUCAAAUCCAUUCAAAAUAAUAUGGAUUGUAGAUGGCCAAAAAUAACAUUAUAUCGAUUUUAAUAAUUUUUAAACCAGUAUGACUCUGGUAUGAUUACUUUUAGUUGUGUGUGAACUGUGAGUCUAUAAUUGUGUUGAUGAUUACGUGUCACAGAUUCAUACUGAUUCUUAAAGUUCACAUGCUGGUACUAAAAUAUUAAGUGCAGGGGAACUGCACCACAAAUAAACAAAUAUACAGGGGUGUGUGGGUGGGGUGGGGGGUCCUAGUCAUAAGCGCCCACUGCACCAAUCUGAUUGAAAUACAGAUCUGUAUUUCGUUUCGUUUUUAUACUUCCAUUGGCCUACACUACAUGAAUAUCUGACCGGUUAUAGUGAUAGGUCACGUCAGAGGUCAUACGAGCGGCUUUUGACCCUAUGACGUCAGACAUUUGAUUAACCAAUCAGCAUUGAUGUUACUAGUGAAUUACCCACAGUUCUGUGCAAAACACGUCUAAAGCUCGGCGUAACAGACCAUUUCAUUGGCUAAUCCCUCACAUUAUCCAGAACACGUCAAUGAUAACAACUCUUCCAGAUCCUAGUGUAGUAAAGACAAGUAAAACAAAAUUUUGAACUAUAAAAAACGAAACGAAAUAGGAUCUGUGCACUGUACAGUCCCAGGCCUGUAGUGAUAUGGCAGAAUUCACUCAAAAUGAAAAACAAACUAAUAAGGGAAUAUUUCCAAAGAGAAUUAUGAUUUUUUCUAAAUCUGUCCCCAUCCAGGUCGAGAAUUAUUUAUACAAGGUAUUUCUACCUAGAAUUUCCUUUUUUAGUAAUUGGGUUAUUAUCUUUCUUUACUUCAAUCAGUAUUAUAUGUAUCAUUAUUAUUGAUAUUCAAUUUGAAGUAUGUGUUCUCACCAUUUUUCAUGUAGCUGUAGAUAUAUUGCUAGCCUGGAGGUCGGGUGUUCGAUCCCUGCAUUGGCUGAGACAGUUCAUCCAGUUUUUCCGGCGUGGUCCCCCCUUGUCAGUGAUGCAGAACCUAGGGCCUGACAAGGACAGCUAGCUGUCAAGUUAUUCAGAUGGGACGAAAACUGAGGUCUGGUGUACACAUUAGCGUGCAUGUAAAAGAUCCCUUGACAGUUGGAAUUUGAUAUAAGAGUAGGCCGUAGUGCAAAAUUUCCCUCAUAGCACACUGUAUGGCGUAUGCCCAUCUUCGUUAGCCCAGUUUGGAGUAGGACGUUAAACCCCAUUUCAUUUCAUUUCAUUUCAGAUAUAUUUAUGGUUAUACAUACCUGUAAUUUUAAUACUCAGUGGAAAUAUUCAUAUUUGAAGUAAAUUGUUCUAAAAUAUUAUAAUACCAAAAAGAAAGAAAAUUAAUGAAAAGAAAGUUUGUGAAUGUAUAAUUAAGACUUACAUGUUUUAUUAUUUAUCUUUUUUUCUAAAAUAUUUUAUUCAUCUUUUUUCCUGGGGAAAGAAUGGAGGACAUUCAAAGUCUAUAUGAGCUAAAUAAGCAGAUGUGACUUAAGAUAAUUUUACCAGGAACAAACCCCUUACCUCUCUGUGGCCGAACAAAAGUUUUUAAUAGAUCAAAUAUUGUUAUUUUAUUUUAAUAUUAAAUGCAUUUUUUACUUACUUAAACAGACUUGAUCAUUUUGAUUCUAUGAAAUUUUCUUCCAAUGGAGUGAUCAAAUUCUGAUAAUUUAUAUUAACUUUAAAUGUGCCAGUACUAAUUAUUAUGAAUAACAUGAUUUGGAUAUGUUGGGGAGAAGAAUAAAUUUUCUUUGUAACAAUGA